CGAGCGGGAGAGGGGCCGGCGCCAAAUGCGCACGCAUUCGGCGGCCGCGCGCAGCACGCUCGGGGCGCGGAUGGCGGCGGCGGCGGCGGCGGCUGGGAGCGGGACGCCCCGGGAGGAGGAGGGGCCCAGUGGCGAGGCAGCGGCUCCGCAGUCCCAAGCCCCGACUGGUGCGUCCGGGCCUCGUCUCUCGAGGCUGCCUCUGGCGCGAGUGAAGGCCUUGGUGAAGGCAGACCCCGACGUAACCCUCGCGGGACAGGAAGCCAUCUUCAUUCUUGCACGAGCCGCGGAGUUGUUUGUGGAGACCAUAGCUAAAGAUGCUUACUGCUGUGCUCAACAAGGAAAGAGGAAAACCCUUCAGAGGAGAGAUUUGGAUAAUGCAAUAGAAGCUGUGGAUGAAUUUGCUUUUCUGGAAGCAUGUCACCAGAAUGUGAUUCCAGAAUUUAUAGGAUGGCCACUUAAGGUCUUCAGAAGUUCAAAUAAAUGUGAUCCUAGAUUUAAAACCUGUUAAAAUUCUUGAACAGCUAUAUUGAGAUAUAUUCAUUUGCCAUAUAGUUCACCCAUUUAAAGUAUACACUUCAACAGUUUUUAGUAUAUUUAUAGAUAUAUGCAUCUGUGACCACAGUUCAUUUUAGAACAUCUUUACGUUAAUGGAAUCAUACAAUAUGUGGUAUAUUUUGUCUGGCUUCUUUAACUUAGGUAAUCUUUUCAAGGUUUAUAUUAUAGCAUAUGUCAAUAGCCAUUCCUUUAUUUUUUUGUUUGAUAAAAUAUAUAUAAAAUUUACUGUUCUAACCAUUUUUUUUUGGUAUCAUUAAUCUACAAUUUCAUGAGGAAUAUUGUUUAUUAGGUUCCCCCUUCACCAAGUCCCCCCCACAACCCCCAUUUCAGUCAUUGUCCAUCAGUGUAGUAAGAUGCUGUAGAGUCACAACUUGUCUUCUCUGUGUUGCACAGUCCUCCCCAUGCCCGCCCCCCCACAUUAUACAUGCUAAUCGUAAUACCCCCUUUCUUUUUCCCCCUCCUUAUCCUUCCCUUCCCACCCAUCCUUCCCAGUACCUUUCCCUUUGGUAACUGUUGGUCCAUUCUUGGGUUCUGUGAUUCUGCUGCUGUUUUGUUCCUUCAGUUUUUUCUUUGUUCUUAUACUCCACAGAUGAGUGAAAUCAUUUGGUACUUGUCUUUCUCCGCCUGUUCUAACCAUUUUUAAGAGUAUGGUUUUGUGGCAUUAAGUAUAUUCACAUUGUCAUACAGCCAGCACCAUCAUCUAGCUCCAGAAUAUUUUCAUCUUCUCAAACUGCAACUGAACCCCAUUGAGCUCCCUUUUCUUUCCUUUCCAGGGCUCUGGCUAAAUUUUGUUUUUUUGAGGGAAGGUGUGGGUGACAUAGCAGGAAGGAAGCAGAAUACUUAGAAAGUAGUAGUUAAGGAAAGCCAUCAGGAAGCCUUGGACAGUGGGUCUUAAGUAUUUUGGAACAUGAAUUGAAAAUAUAGUCUUCAGAUCUUCCUAGAAAAAUGCACAUAUGCUCAGUCCUGUAAUUUUAUAAACAUUUUUAAGUAACUUUUUAAAAAACUUUUUUUUAGAAAGUCUUAUACAUUUUCUUUUAGAAUAGUAUUGAUUUACUAUUGAAGAAUUGCAAAGAUAGUACAGAGUUCUUGUAUAUGCCUCAUGUUAACACUGUUAACAUCUUACAGUGCCAAGUACAUUUGUCAAAACUAAGAAACUGACGUUUGUAUAUUAUUGUUAACUCCAGACUUUAUUUGGAUUUCUCCAGUUUUCCCAUUAAGAGCACUUUUCUAUUCCAAAAUUCAGUCCAGGGCACUACAUUGCAUUUACUUGUGUCUUCCAAGUCUCCCCUGGUCUGUGAUAAGUUCUCAGUGUUCCCUCAUUUUUCAUGACCUUGACAGCCUUCAGUAGUAUUUGUAAGGCAUCCUAUAGAAUGUCCGCCAACACGAGCUUGUGUGUUUUUCUCUUGUAGCCCCAUAACUUUGCAUAUAAUUUCGGGAGUUAUAUAGACCUUUGAAGCUUUCAUGGGCCUCCUACUAUUAUUAAAAAUGGGAAUUUGCUUGUGUUUUUAAGGUAAACUCAAAGUAGAGGUUUCAACCCAUUAAUGGGACAUGAAAUCAAUGUAGUGUGUUGCCACGUGCAUUUUUAAAUACAUUAAAAACCUCAAGAGUGUUGAGUAAAGGUAAGCAUUUAAAAUUUUGUUUCAUCUGUGUGUAUGUAGUAGGUCUUUAUGUAAAGUGUAUGUAGUGGACAGAAUUUUGGCCCCCAUGAUCUUUGCUCCUGGCAUCAUGCCUGUGAAUAUGUUAUGUUACAUGGUAAAAUGGAUGUUCUAGAUGUAAUUAGGAUUAGUAGUCAGUUGACUCUAAAGUAGAUUAUUUGGGACAUAUGGGGUGGGUCAAAAGUAAUCCCAUGAACCCUUAAAAGCAGAGCUCUCUCCUGGCUGAGGGUAGAAUGGGUCGUUAUGGAGAUGGUGGCAGAAGAGGACAUCAGAAAGACUUGAAGCACGAAAAGGACUCAACUCUUCAUUUGCUGUCUAAUGCUGGAGAGGACCAUGAACUGAGAAACAUGGGCAGCCUUUACAAGCAGAGAACAACCUCUGGCUGACAGCCAACAAGGUGAUGACCACAGUCCCAAACUGCAUUGAACUGAAUUCUGCCAGUACAGUCUCGGAAAGGGAUUUUCCCCUAGAGCCUCCAGAUGGAGCCCAGGCCAGUUGACACCUUCCCUUUGGCCUUGUGAGACCCUGACCAGAGCAUCUCGCUGCACUGCCAGACUUCUGGCCUGCAGAACUAAGAUGAUGAUAUGAGUGGUGUUUUAAGCUGCCAGAUUUGUGGUAAUGUAUCAUUCCUGAGGGUCAAGGUGCAAGCACUGGGAAAUAGGCUGUAGCGGGAGGAUCCUGGGCGGGGCUCCGGAGGUAUCAGGUCUCCCUUGCUGCUCCCACGACCUUAGGUGAUGCUGUGUCAGUCGCUUACCCUCCCUGUGAAGGAACCUGAGGGGGUUAUUCUAAAGUUUCUCCAUGUGAUACAUUUUUCUUUUAUGAAUUGUUUAUUUGGCAGCAUUUACUCCUUUUAGUGUACAGUUCUAUGAGUUUUCAUAAAUUCAUAUAAUCACCAUCUUGAUGAUGGUACAGAAUACUGGCAUCAUCACAAUGGAAAAUUCCCUCUACUAUUGCCUUUUAAAAGUUCUCUCCCACUCCAUCCCACAGCCUCUGGCCGACAGUGGUCUGUUUAUUUCCCAUAUAGUGUUUUUGUCUUUAUACAUGGAACUAUACAGUAGUUAGGCUUUUGGGUCUGGCUUCCCUAACUUAGCAUAAUGCAUUUGAGAUUCAUAUGUGUUGUCUGUAUCAGUAGUUUGUUCCUUUUUUUUGCUGAGUAGUGUUCCUUAUAUGGAAAGUAUGUACUAUACUUUGUUUAUCCAUCCCCAGUUGAGGUUGGGUUUCCAGUUUUUUGUGAUUAUGAGUAAAGCUCUAUAAACAUUUGCAUACCGAUUUUUGUACAUAAGUUUUCAUUUUCCUUGGGUAAAUACAAGCAUGAGAAUGCUGAGUCUUACUGUAAAUACAUAUAUUUUAAAGAAACUACCCAAAUGUUUUCCAAAAUGACCAUACUAUUUUGCAUUUAUACCAGCACUGUUUGAAUAUUUCAGUUGUUCUGCAUCCUUGCUAGCA